CAAUAAAAAGCCAUUGGCCCAACGGAGCCAUCCGAAUGCUUCCUGCAGGGCUGCAACUGCCAAUCUACGAUGCUUCAUGCUCAACGAUCAAUCAAUUUUCUUAUCCGAAUUUUCCCUCUCAAGUUCUCACUCUUUCCAGUUGCCCAAACUAGGCUAUUCACUGUCCUCUCUGUCCACUCUUCCCUUUUAAAUUUAUGCAAAAAACCAGAGCACCUCCAACAGGUACAUGCUAGAUUUAUCCUCUAUGGUCUCCACCAGUACCCAACACUCUGUUCUAAAUUGAUUGACUGCUAUGCCAAUGUUGGUUUUCUACAUAUGUCUAAACAAAUCUUUAAUUCUCUCUCUGAUCCCGAUACGCUUUUAUACAACACAAUUUUGAGAAAUUUGGCUAAAUUCGGUGACUUUAAAAAUGUCCUUUUUAUGUACCAGAAAAUGAACUUAAACUCCACACACCCAGAUGAGCAAACAUACCCAUUUGUUUUAAGUUCAUGUUCUUGCUCAUUGGAUAUUGUAAAUGGUAAAGCAAUUCAUGGGCAUCUAAUAAAAUUAGGUUUUGAGUUAUUUUAUCUUGUGGAUAUUGCUUGUGUAGAGAUGCAUAGGAAUUUUGAUGAGCUUCAGAAUAAAAGAAGGGUUAUUGAUAGGAAAUCCGAUAAUGAUAAUUUGAAUUAUGGGAAUUCUUCGGUACUUGAGGUAUCCAAAACUGUGAAUACAAAGGAAAGUUUUUGGUCUUAUGAAAGAACGAGAACGGAGAAAAUUGAACGUGACACUGAUACUGUGAUUAAUUUGUUGAGGUCAACUGUUGAUUCGAGCUCAUUAAUAGGGGGAAAGGCCAUUCAUUGUGUGAUUUUGGUGUGCGGUUUAUGCAGAAAUGUGUCAGUGGGUACUGCUUUAUUGUUUAUGUACUCAAAGUUGAGUAGUUUAGCUGAUGCAAGGUUACUGUUCGAUGAAAUGCCUGAGAAGGAUUGUGUUGUUUGGAAUAUAAUAAUAUCUGCACAUUCUCAAAAUGGGUAUCCUCAGAAAUCCCUAGAGUUUUUAAGGUAUAUGGGAGGAUCAGGGGUUAGAGCUGAUAUGUUUACUGCAUUGCCUGCAGUUUCUGCAAUUAGGAAAUUGAAAUCUCUUGAAUUGGGCAAAGAAAUGCAUGCUCAUGUGAUAAGAAAUGGUUCUGAUUUUCAAGUAUCGGUUCCUAACUCUCUUAUCGACAUGUACUGUGAAUGUGAUUGUUUGCAGUAUGCCCAAAAGAUUUUUGACUUGUUGGAAAAUAAGACUGGAGCUUCGUGGAGCUCAAUGAUUAAAGGAUAUGUAAACCAUGAUAAGUCUCUUGAUGCUUUGUCUCUUUUCUCCAAGAUGAAACAGGAAGGACCAUUUGUUGAUUUCAUUACAGUUAUUAUCAUCUUGCCUGCUUGUGUGAAUGUUGGGGCAUUAGAACAAGUAAAAUACCUCCAUGGAUACUCAAUUAAAAUUGGUCCAAAUAUGGUAUUUGUUAAUACAGCACUUCUUGUUAGCUAUGCAAAAUGUGGUUGCAUAGAGAUGGCCAGGACGCUUUUUGAUGAAGAAAAAAUCAGCAAGGAUGUAAUUGCUUGGAACUCAAUGAUCAACGCGUAUGCCAAGCAUGGAGCCUCAUCCCAGUGUUUUGAGUUGUACAACCAAAUGAAGCAAUUGAAUUUAGAACCGAAUGAAAUAACCUUCCUUGGUCUAUUGACAGCUUGUGUAAAUGCCGGUCUUGUUAAAGAAGGACGAGAAAUUUUCAAAGAGAUGGUAAAAACCUACGCUUGCCUACCCCGCCAGGAACACUAUGCUUGUAUGGUUGAUUUACUAGGGCGUGCUGGCCAUGUGAGUGAAGCUAGGGAAAUCGUAAAGACUAUGCCAUUCAAACCAGAUGCGCUGGUGUGGGGUCCUUUGUUGAGUGCUUGCAAGAUUCAUUCCGAUACUAAGCUUGCAGAGGUUGCGGCUAAGGAGUUGAUAUCUAUAGAACCGAGAAAUGCUGGAAAUUACAUUUUGCUGUCAAACAUAUAUGCUGCAGCUGGAAAGUGGAAUGGAGUUGCUAAAAUGAGAAGUUUUUUAAGAGAUAGAGGAUUGAAGAAAACACCUGGCUGUAGCUGGCUAGAAGUAAAUGGGCGUGUACACGAGUUUCAUGCAGCUGAUCGAUCUCAUCCAAAAGCGGAUGAUAUACAUACUGUAUUGAAGAACCUAGAGUUGGAAAUCAAGGAAACUAGAAAUAAGUUUGAACUAACUCUCUUGAAUUCUGAUUUUGUCCAUUUCUUGAUUUUUUCCUGUAAAUGAUGUUUUCCAUUUGGUGCCCAACUUUAAUAUCAAGACUCACAAGUGCCCCUUUCAAGGGGUUUUUCAAA